AGCAGCGAAGGGCUCAAGCCCGUCCCCCAGCAUGCCCAGCCGUGCCGCCUCCGUGAUGUGUUCCUGAGGCCACCUUGCGCGGACAGCCCACAGCGCCGCGUGCCCGCUCGUUGCCUCGCCUGCUCGCAGGCUCCGCUGCGGUGCUCUUCCCGCUCGCCUGCCAGAGCUUCCGCCGCGCCCCUGGCGCGGGCCCGCGCUGCUCUCGCGCAUGCGUGCGUUGCUGGCGGUCCUCGUCGCCGUCCCGCCGCCCGCGCGCGCCGGCCGCGGCGCCUGUGCGGAAACGCAGGGCCGAGGCGCGGCGCCCGGCGUCGCGCUGCUGCAGCUGCCGCUGCCGCCGCUCGGGCGCGCGCCCGCGGACCCGGCCUGGAGGCCUGCGCCCACCGCGCCCGGGGAGGCGGCCGCGGUGGCCGCGGCGCCCUGGGGCGGGGUGGCGCCGGCGCUGCUGCUCCGCUGGGGGCGCGCCCGCGCCUCGCUCGGCCAUGCCGCCGGGGCCGGCGCCCAGCUCGUGUGCGCGGUGCGGGGCGGUGCCAGCGGCACUCGGGCCAGCGCCAAGAGCAGCGGCGCGGGCGGCGGCGCGGGCCCAGAGGCGGCCGCGGCGGGCGCGGCGGCGGGGGGGGCCGCAGAGCCUUGCCUCCUGGGCCUGACGAAGUUCGGCUGGGCGGCGGUCUGUGCGGUCGUCGGUAUGGGCGGCGUGCUGGCGUGCAUCCCCCUCGUGCUGUGGUUCUCGAGGCGGCGGCCGGCGGGCCAGUCGGUGCUCGACGACUUCUGCUGCCGAGAGCCCGCCAAGCCGUACGGGCAUGGGCCCCCUCUGGAUGUGCCAUCACUGGUCGCGACCGAGCGGCUCGUGUUCCAGCAAUCUGUGGCGCAGUCCAGCUCCCCGUCCCCGGCCUUCCCGCAGAGGGCCUCCGCCUGAGGCGGCGUGGCGCCCGCCGCCUGCGGCCCCGCGGCCGCGGCCGGCGGCGCUCGCCCUCUCGCGCAGGGCCGACGUGCACGAGGUCGAGCACCCGACUCGACGCGCAUCGGAGAGGCUCAAUGCAUACCCAUUGCUUGGUCGGCCAAGGCGCCGAUGAGCUCGGCGAGGGGGCUCUCUAGGAGGCGUUCGCCUUCCGUCGGGCGCCGCGUGGUGCUCGGGCGGUAAAGGGGGAGGGGGCAAGAGAGGUGCGCCAUCAACGCUCCGUUCUGGUCCUGGUCCUCCCGCCUCCCCAUCGCCCCUGGCUGUGCCCGAAUAUUUGGACGGCCUGGCCCGCGCUGGGGCGAGGCUGCCUCCCGCCACAGCUGGCGAAGCCCAGCUGAAAAGUACAGACAUAUCCCAGCGAAUGGGGCCAGCAUCGCUGACCAACAUGGCCACUUCCAGAAAUGGUUUCGUCUUCGAGGGGUCGAGAAGUUGACA